CGCAGUCAUGAGCACCGCUGACGGUCUCUCUGCGCGGUGGGCAGGAGCGGCUGGACGCAGGGGACUCGCCCCACGGGGGAGGACCUGACGGACGAGGAGAAGGAGAUCAUCAACAGCGUCAUCGCCCGCGCUGAGAAGAUGGAGGCCAUGGAGCAGGAGAGGAUCGGGCGGCUGGUGAACCGGCUGAACGACAUGAAGAGCGGGGCUCUUGGGGACGGCGUCUCCCGAUGCCUGCUCUGCGGGGAGCAGUUCGGCGGGGCGGGGGCCAGCGCAGUGGUGUGCGCCGAAUGUAAGAAGAACAUGUGCACCAAAUGCGGGGUCCAGACCAACAGCCGGCCGCGUUCCGCAUGGCUCUGCAAGAUCUGCAGCGAGCAGAAAGAGGUGUGGAAGCGUUCGGGUGCCUGGUUCUUCAAAGGAAUGCCCAAGCAGGUGCUUCCCGCUCCCAUGCCCGUCUCCAAGCAACAGAGCCCCAAAACCCAGCCGCGGGGCCCCCAGGAACCCCCGGCCCAGCCAGAGGCCACCAGCGCCCCCGGGGCACAGGGCAGGGGGCCUGUGGAGACCCAGCCCCCCAGCACAGAACAACAGGUGACAGAAGCUGACCCCUCUGGGAGAGGGAGAGGAGCCCGGCCCCCUGUGGCCCCCAAGCCCUCCGUGGGACGGGUGGGCCCAGGCGGGGCAGAGACGGGGGACUCCUACCUGAGGGAGGGGGGCAGCGAGGGCCAGGACAGCCCUGUGGUGCUGAAGAGGGCCGUCCCGGUCCACAGCUCCAGACCCCCCCCAGCCUCGGCCACCCCCAUGGCCCAGCAAGCAGCACCCCCUGAGACGGAGAGCAGUUACUCUGCCACCGUCCAGAGGGAAGAGAGAGCGCCCCCUGCUGCCUGGGAGGAGAAACGACAGCCGGUCGCGAGCAACCCUCCCCCGCCUCGGCAGCCACAGCCCCCCCCAGAGGAGGAAGAGGAGGCUAACAGCUACGACUCGGAUGAAGCCACUACGCUCGGCUCCCUGGAGUUCAGCCUGAUGUUCGAACAGGAGAGCAGCACUCUGCACUGCAGCAUCAUCAGAGCCAAGGGUCUCAAGCCCAUGGACUCCAACGGACUGGCCGACCCUUACGUCAAACUGCACCUGCUGCCAGGGGCGAGCAAGUCCAACAAGCUCCGGACCACACUGCGUAACACACGCAACCCCGCCUGGAACGAGACGCUGGACUACCACGGGCUCACGGAGGAGGACAUGCAGCGCAAAACGCUCAGGCUCUCGGUGUGUGACGAGGAUAAGUUUGGGCACAACGAGUUCAUCGGGGAGACGAGGGUGGCCCUGAAGAAGCUGAAGAUGAACCAGAAAAAGAACUUUAACGUGUGCCUGGAGAGGGUGGUCCCGAUGAAACGGACGGGAACGGCGGGCUCGGCGCGAGGAAUGGCCCUUUACGAGGAGGAGGGGAAGGAGGGCGGGGACGUGGAGGAGAGGGGGCGGAUCCUGAUCUCGCUCAUGUACAGCACCCAGCAGGGCCGGCUCAUCGUGGGCGUGGUGCGCUGCGUCCACCUGGCCGCCAUGGACGCCAACGGCUACUCCGACCCCUUCGUCAAAAUCUGUCUGAAGCCUGACAUGGGAAAGAAAGCCAAGAAUAAGACACAGAUCAAGAAGAAGACCCUGAACCCUGAGUUCAAUGAAGAGUUUUCUUAUGAUAUUAAGCACAGCGAGCUGGCAAAGAAGACCCUGGAUAUCUCAGUUUGGGACUACGACAUUGGAAAAUCCAAUGACUACAUCGGUGGCUGCCAGCUGGGCAUCACGGCUAAAGGCGAGCGGCUGAAGCACUGGUACGAGUGCCUGAAGAACAAAGACAAGAAGAUCGAGCGCUGGCACACCCUCCUGAACGAAAGCCACGUGUCCAGCGACUAGGGCAGCGCCCCGCCCCGUCCUGCCCUGCCCCGCCCCACCCCGUCCUGCCCUGCCCCGCCCCGUCCUGCCCUGCCCCACCCCACCCACUCGCAUGCCUGCCCCAAACUUGCAUUUCCUGCAAUGGACUUCAACUCUUCCUGCACGCUGGGUCCAGCUUCCCUUAGCCCCUCCCCAUUCCCCUAUUAUCUCAUACUAAAUAACCCCUGACUUCCCCCUGACCACAGAUUCUCUUAUUAUGUACAUCUUAUUACCUCAGGUAAACCCCCCCCCCCUUCUAUUCGCCCCCCUCCAUUCGCCCCAUGCGUACCCUGGUAAUGCCUUCAUGGACCAGUCACUCCUUUAGUGUUUAGGGAACUCCUUCUUCUCUCUCCCCCUUUCUCUCUCUCUCUCUCUCUCUCUCUCUUUCUCUCUCUCACGCAUUCUCUCUCUCUGCCCCUCUCAGAGAUGGGCAGAAUUCCACAGCUCUUGCCUCUUACCACAAUCAGAAGUCUCGCACAUUAGCAAAUGAUACAUUGAUAUAUAUAUUCAUAUGCAUAAAACCACUGCGGUUGUGUUCUUUUGAAUCCUUAUCUUUAAAACGUGUGUCAAAAACACUUUAAAUUAUGAUUUGUAAAAUAUGUUUCUGAGAAUGAAUAUAUUGACGGAGUGAUUUCACAUAGUUCAGCCUGUCGGUUAUGAUGUCAAAUGUAUUGCAUUGUCUAGCCCUGUUAUUACACAAACCACAGAAACCCUGAAAAUGCACUGGCUUGAGAAAAGAGGCCUUUUGAAUUUGACUCAGCAAUACAUUCUAGUACAUUUAACGGGAUUACACCCUCAGCUUUUGCUGGAUCAUUAAGGUCUCCUGGCCGUACCUGCAAAUAUCUCCUGAAAGCUACAUAUGCAGCUUAUUGAACUUGCAUGUAUAUAGUAAUAAUAAUCCACAGAACAACAUGGAACCCUUAUAACAGAUAUUACAACUGAAAAUCCAAAAUGUAAUAAAACUUUGGAUAUAUAUGUCAGAAUAUACUGCAUGUACAGAGUUUGGAUAUAUCAAUUGCCACCUCUUUCCUAUAUGCAGUAAUGUAUAUAAACUAUUCUAUACUGAAAGAAUUACAUAUUUACAAAUAUAUCUUAAUACUAUUUCUUUAUUACGUAGAUGUUACAUAUAUUGUAAAAUACUUUGUACAAUAUUAUGUGCCUGUGUCAGUAGCUGACAUAUUUACAUGCAAUAUAUGCCACAUAUUUUGACAUAUGUUCAUUUACUUUAAUUACAUUUUGGAUUUUAUAUAUAAACUUCAGAAAUGGGCAUCUUUGAGAAACGGUGAUAAAAUAAAGUCGGUAUUAUGAAAAGAUUGUGCAUGCACAUCUAAUUUUAUAGACAUGUGCAAAUGAUAGUGUGGGAGAAGUGUAUUUAAACUGAGAAGAAUGCUUCAUGGAUGAAAAUUCUUUUGAAGUUUGGUUUUAUUGACAUAGUAAAAUGGCUGCUCAGGCAUCGUCCUGGAGAGCUGCUUCAGGGUUUGUCUUCCAGUCAGGUAUCCCACCAGAUGGGUGAAUCUUCUCAAGUUUCCUCAAUGAACAGAUUUAUUAUGGCUGUGUCGGAAUCAGCGCACUUGCCUACUAUUGAGUUGAGUUGUUGAGUACACUGGAUGAGAGAGUUAAGUAGGCAAACUUUUCUCUAAAUGUAGUGUACUUAAAAUCCCAGGAUGAUAUAGUUAUUUUCAUAUACUUAUUAUGGUAUGCUUAUUUACACUUAUUAUACACAAGUAUAUUGGGGACCAUACUUUUCAGGAAGUAAACAACAAUUUUGGUCCCAUAAAUAUGACAAAUGGCUUUGCUUUAAAAAUUAGGCACAGCCUUGCUGACAUUUUCCAUCAACAACAAGGACAACAAAAUAAAUGACGUGAGCAUGGGCGUUAGGACAGAACAUCUUAGCGACACUUCCACAGUAUGGUUGUAAAAUAAUAUGGAGGAUACUUUUUUUGCAUACUGCCUAUUGCAUACUCAAAAGUACACAGUAUGCUUAUGAGACAGUACAUACUGCGAGGACACAGUAGUUAGGAGGCUGAUUCGGACGUGGCCUGAAACUUUCAGACUGUGGAGAGUCGGUUCCACAGCUCUGUAGAGAGCAGUGGAAAAAUCCUGCUUUACUAUAAUCAUUAAGGUCAAAGUUCAGCAGACGUCUUAUUCUCCUCUACAGGAACAUGAGUGUCUCUUUUGGCAGUGGGAAUUUUUUAUCCUUUGUCUGGCAAAGGUGAAAUGACAUAAACAGCGGCUGCCUCCCAAUUCACCAAUCAGUGCUAGCCAUACCCGGUCUGGGUUAUUCCUAGCGCUAGAGGGUUUUAGGGGUGUCUUGUAAACAGAUGCUGACUUAAGCCUCAUGCAGUUAUUGGUCAUAUAUACUUAGACAAGACCAGAACUGGGGCAAAGACCAUAUAAACCCUUUCUGCAAACUAUACAUGGAAGUCCAGUUCCAUUACUCCCAUUUGACAAACACUCUUAUCCAAAGCAAAUUACAAUGAGAAGACGAGUGCAUAAAUCAGGUUGGAGAGCAACAGUAACCCUAGAGGUGGGAGGUAAAUACUCAGAAA